GCUACUCGCGAGCGGAAUUCCAACUCAACAAAAGCCGCCACGAACAAACUGAAAGCGGACAAAUAAUAAUAACAAAUAAAUAAAUAAAAAACUAACAAAAAAUUACUCAAAUUAGCGUCAUGUAAAAAAAAGUACAAACACGAACCGAAAAUUGAAGAAUAAAACGAAACACAAAUACGCAGAUGACGUCGUCAAUUAGUGCGGCGGUGCAGCAAAGGCGGCAAAUGCUGCUCAACGUUGAGAAUUUACGGGGACGCGUUCAUCAAGUUCUUAAAUGUGUGAUUAAUCUGCAUAUUGAGUUUUUGGUACUGGAAUCCGAUGUGGCCGCUCUGCUGGAUGAGGUGCGUGAGUUUAACGAUGACCAUGAGGAGAUGCUACGCCUGGACAGGAUGAUCGAGGCUUUGAGAAACUACAGUGGACCCACGAUAUGCCACGAGUGGCCCUAUCCACUCAUCUUCAAGGGCACCAUCGAUGAGGCCCAUGUUGCGCAAAUACUCAAUGCCAGCGAACUGGAGCUGGACAGAGAGCUGGAGAAGAUGGCCAAUGGGAGGGAGAGCAGCCAGUGGGAAACGGAUAUGAGUGCAGCACAUAGGCGUUCUAAGCUCAGGUGGUUUACCAGGAGAAGCAGCCGAAAACGAGUUGAUCGAUCUAAGGAAUUGCAGCUUUCCGAAGCACUCACUGAAUCUAGUCCCUAGAAAACAUGAACAAAAUAUAUAGAAAACAUAGCUUACGUGUGUAUUAUUAAUUAUUAUUAUCAAUUAGAAUUCAGAAACAAAACAACCAUCACAAACAUUUUUAUAAAAA